GUGGCUGCUCUACGUCCUGGCUCGCGCCAGGCGGCAAACUGACGUCUGUGCUGUGGUUCUGGCGUGGUGGCGCUUUACAAUUCAAGCCCUUGUGAGACAGGGGAUUGUGACGUGCACGGAGACGGCAGCUGGGCCCGAGGUGGGGAGGGAGGAACUAGUAGUGGGGAUGCUUCGCAAGCUGGAAAUCCAGAAAGAGGAAGAUCUGCAGUCAGUGAGUGAUGUGGCUGCUCACAUGUUCAGUGAUGGAGUAACAAACUGGGGGCGAGUCGUGACGCUCAUCUCGUUCGGCGCCUUUGUUGCGAAACACCUGAAAAGCAUAAACCAGGAAAAGUGCAUCAGCUCGCUGGCCGGGAUCAUCACGGAUGCGCUUGUGUCGACGAAGCGCGAGUGGCUGAUGAGCCAGGGAGGCUGGGAGGGCUUUGUCGACUUCUUUCGAGUCGAGGACCUAGAAGGCAGCAUCAGAAACGUCCUGAUGGCGUUCGCAGGUGUGGCUGGACUGGGAGCGAGCUUGGCCUACAUGAUCCGGUGA